UUGUUCCCAUAACUCUGGUAACAGUCAGAAAACUUUCCAGCUAAACGCCGGAUAAUACUUCAUACAACUUACAAUAUUCUAUAUUGUGAUCAUCACAACAGCCAAGGAAACCUAAAAGAAGAUAGUGAUCUCACACUUGGCUGGCAGCUUUUUAUCUUUCUCUUGACCGUUUAAAACUUCAGGCUUCCUGCCUUCCUGGUGUCAUGGAUAAAGUCCAAUACCUCACUCGCUCUGCUAUAAGAAGAGCUUCAACCAUUGAAAUGCCUCAACACGCACGGCAAAAUCUCCAGAACCUAUUUGUCAAUUUCUGUCUCAUCUUAAUAUGUCUCUUGCUGAUUUGCAUCAUCGUGAUGCUUCUCUGAAGUUCUGCUGCAAUCUCCAGUGCUGCAACUUAUCACCAUCAGCUUAAAAUCUAUCAUCCCAUGAAGAAGGGAAAACAAUACUAUAUAAGAGACCACUUCCUAAGUAGAAGAAUUUCUUUGUGAAAAGGUCAAGAUUUGGAACAAAACAAAUUGUUAGCAAAUGUAUUCAUCUGCUGGAUGUUGUAAACAUAAAAAGGGCUUUAUUUUAAAAAAUUAACUUUAAAAUGACUAUAAUGUAAGUGUGCAUAAUGUAACUGCUAAUUUUCUCAAAAGAGCUUAUAAGUUUCUAUCCCAAAUCUUUCCUAAGGAGGAACUAGGGGUUUAGUUUUGAAACUGCACUGCUAACAAGUUCACUUCAUAUAUAAAGCAGUAGCUUCACUCUUUGGGGGUAAAUAUAAUUUAUACUGUACUGUAAAA